CUGCAUCCUCUCCUCCCUUGCCCCCAUUCUUCGCAUCCCAACUGGCCGACUCCCAUGGCCGCCGCCUCCGCCGGCGGCUCUCUGUCCACCGCCUCCGCCUCCCUCGUUCCCACUCCCACCUCAGCCCCGGCCCCUCGGCUCCUCAGCAGGCGAAGCACCAAGCCCACAACACGAGCUAGCCCCACCCCGAGACCAAAAAAGCCGCCUCCUCUCUCCUGCGCGGCCGCAGCGACUCCCACCCCCGCCCCCGCGGUCGCGUCCAAGUCGGCCGGGUCAUGGAGGGACCUGUGCAGCCUCAACGCCUGGGUGGUGCGGGACUACCGCCGCCUCGUCGACUCCGUCGGCGCGCUCGAGCCGGCGCUUCGGAGGCUCUCGGACGAACAGUUGAAGGCAAAGACGGCGGAGUUCCGCAGCCGCCUAACGCGCGGGGAGACGCUCGCCGACGUCCAGGCCGAGGCGUUUGCUGUGGUACGGGAGGCAGCUAGGAGGACGCUUGGGAUGCGGCAUUUCGACGUCCAGAUAAUUGGUGGUGCUGUGCUCAACGAUGGCUGCAUUGCAGAGAUGAAGACAGGCGAGGGGAAGACACUUGUUUCCACACUCGCGGCUUAUCUCAAUGCCCUUACAGGGGAAGGGGUUCAUGUGGUGACUGUAAAUGAUUAUUUGGCGCAGCGUGAUGCUGAAUGGAUGGGCCGUGUUCAUCGCUUUCUCGGUCUUACUGUUGGUCUGGUUCAGGCGGGUAUGAAGUCAGAUGAGAGAAGAGCCAGCUACAGAUGCGACAUUACAUACACUAACAACUCGGAACUUGGAUUUGACUAUCUUCGUGACAACCUAUCUCGAAACAAAGAACAACUUGUUAUGAGAUGGCCAAAGCCAUUCCAUUUUGCUAUUGUGGAUGAAGUGGACUCAGUACUUAUAGAUGAGGGAAGGAAUCCAUUGUUAAUAAGUGGAGAGGAUAAUAGAGAUGCAGCUCGGUAUCCAAUUGCUGCUAAAGUCGCAGAACUUCUUGUGGAGGGUGUUCAUUACACCGUCGAACUAAAGGGCAAUAAUAUAGAUCUGACAGAGGACGGUGUAGCACAUGCUGAGAUUAUUCUUGGGACAGAUGAUCUAUGGGAUGAGAAUGAUCCAUGGGCAAGGUUUGUGAUGAAUGCUUUGAAGGCAAAAGUGUUCUACCGAAGGGAUGUCCAGUAUAUUGUCAGGGAUGGGAAAGCUAUUAUAAUUAAUGAGCUAACUGGCCGAGUUGAACCCAAAAGAAGAUGGUCUGAUGGUAUCCACCAAGCAGUAGAAGCAAAAGAAGGCCUAAAAAUCCAGGCAGACUCAGUAAUUGUGGCUCAAAUCACAUAUCAGUCACUGUUUAAGCUUUAUCCUAAGCUUUCUGGGAUGACAGGAACUGCUAAGACAGAGGAAAAGGAGUUUUUAAAGAUGUUCAAGAUGCCUGUUAUUGAAGUACCUACUAAUCUGCCAAAUAUACGGGUGGACUUGCCUAUCCAAGCUUUUGCGACUGCAAGAGGCAAAUGGCAAUAUGUACGGGCUGAAGUAGAGUCUAUGUUCCAAUUAGGCCGCCCUGUUUUAGUUGGAACUACAAGUGUUGAGAGUUCUGAAUACUUGUCAGAGCUACUUAAACUUCGCAAUAUUCCACACAAUGUCCUUAAUGCAAGACCAAAGUAUGCUGCAAGAGAAGCCGAAAUAAUUGCCCAAGCUGGAAGAAAACAUGCUAUUACAAUUUCAACUAAUAUGGCUGGUAGAGGAACUGACAUUAUUUUAGGUGGUAAUCCAAAAAUGCUUGCAAAAGAAAUAGUAGAAGAUAACAUACUUCCAUUUUUGAGCCAUGAACCUCCUGAUAUUGACAUGGAAGGGGAAUCCACAUCCCACAAGGGUCUCUCAAAUAUAGAACUUGGUCCAUCAUCAGUAGGUCUGCUUGCCAAAGCUGCAAUCAUGUCAAAAUAUAUUCACAAAAGUGAGAUAAAUGAAUGGUCUUUUAGUAAGGCAAAAUCCACUAUUGCUGAAUCUAUAGAAAUGGGUCAAAUGAUUGGGAUGGAGAAACUGCAAGAGCACAUGACUGAAGAGUCUGAGAUGUACCCUCUUUGUGAUGCAAUAGGACUUGCUUAUCUCAGUGUCUUAAGGGAUUGCGAAAUUCAUUGUUCAGCUGAAGGUGCUGCCGUGAAGAGAUUAGGUGGGCUCCAUGUAGUAGGAACUUCUUUGCAUGAGUCGCGCCGAAUUGAUAACCAACUGUGUGGCAGAGCAGGCAGACAGGGUGAUCCUGGGUCAACAAGGUUUAUGGUGAGCUUACAAGAUGAAAUAUUCCAGAAAUUUAAUCUGGACACUGAAUGGGCUGUGAGGCUAAUAUCAAGGAUAACAAAUGAUGAAGACAUAGCUAUUGAGAGCAAUGUUGUUGUGAAGCAGCUUCUAGGCCUUCAAAUCAACGCAGAGAAAUAUUAUUUUGGAAUAAGGAAAAGUCUUGUUGAGUUUGAUGAAGUCCUGGAGGUCCAAAGAAAGCAUGUGUACAACCUUAGGCAGGUGAUAUUAUCUGGUGACUCUGAAAGCUGCAGUGAACAAAUUUUCCAGUACAUGCAAGCAGUAGCUGAUGAAAUUGUUUUGUUAAAUAUUGAUCCCCAAAAGCCACCCAAGGCAUGGAAUCUGGUAAAGCUUUUGGAUGAAUUUGUCAGACUAGGCGGAAAACUACUGAGUGAAUCAUUCGAGGACAUCCAAGAGGAAAACCUACAAUCAGCACUUGAGGAAAUGCAAGGUUGGGACCCAGUGAAAGCUGAUAGUUUUGCUCUUCCAAACAUGCCGGUGCCGCCUGAUUCACUUAGAGGAAUUCGAAAGAAAACAUCUUCUAUAAUGCGGUGGUUUGCCAUUUGUGUUGAUGAUACGUCAAAGAAAGGGAGAUAUACAAACACUGUCAAUCUGCUCCGGAAAUAUUUUGGGGAUUUUCUAAUAGCUACCUACUUGAAUGCUGUGCAAGAGUCCCGUUACGACGAUGGAUAUAUAAGUGGAAUCGAGCGGGAAGUACUUUUGAAGACUCUUGAUACGUUAUGGAAAGAUCACUUGGUAAACAUGAACAAGCUUAGUUCUGCUGUGAACGUUCGGAGUUUUGGACACAGAAAUCCUCUGGAAGAAUACAAGAUCGAUGGCUGCCGCUUCUUCAUCUCGAUGCUGAGCGCCACACGACGUCUCACCGUGGAAUCCCUACUGCACUACUGGUCGUCUCCCAUGGAAUCCGAAGAGAUCUUCAACACAGAGGAUCAAUAGCGAAAAGACAUCACGUCUAGUGUGGGCUUCUGCUGCAAGUCGAAGACAGGUUAGGCACUAACAUAGUUAAUUAGCAAAGCCACAAGUUUAAACAGGAUAACUGGAUAAGUAUGGACUGCAAGACACUGCACACUACUGAUCCCGCAUCACAUCAGCAAUACGGCGGAGCCGCCUGUAACGCCGCAAAGUUGGAGCUUGUUUGCACGCUACAGCUUGGAAGUGGCUUAAUCUCGUCCGCAUUGUACCGUGGUCAUUAGAUUAGGCCUUGUUUAGUUCGCAAAAUUUUCAAGAUUCCCCGUCACAUCGAAUCUUUGGUCACAUGCAUGGAGCAUUAAAUAUAGACGAAAAUAAAAACUAAUUGCACAGUUUACCUGUAAUUAGUGAGAUGAAUUUUUUGAGCCUAGUUGCUCCGUGAUUAGACAAUGUUUGUUAAAUAAAAACGAAAUGCUACAGUCCCAAAAAACGAAAAAUUUUGCGAACUAAACAAGGCCUUAGAUCGUCAUGAUGAUGACUGUUGGUUCUCUGCACAAAGUCUGCUCUGUACCUUUUUCUGGGAGCGACAAUACUCGCCAACCCUUGCUCGCACAUCGCUCGUCAGACGGGGAACAGGAGCCCGUGCGGAAUCUCUUGCUUGUGGACGUCGAACUCUUCGUGCAGGUAGGUACGCAUCACCCUAGUGGCCAUGCUUUGACAUUUGCCAAGUUGAUGCUUUUUAAUCUUUGGCGCGUGUGAUGGUGGCAAUUUGUAAGUCAACUCUCUGGAGACUGGUAACGGUUUAACCUGUGUGUGUGUUUUGGGCUCGUGGACAAAGUUUGUAUAUGCUGCUGUUCCUGGCUCUCUCUUUUUUUUUUUCCCACUGUAUGGAUGGCACAGUGAUCACUGAUCAGUGAUACCUAGUUACACACUUGCACGUGGGAGAAGGAUGGAGCCUUGUUGGCAAUAUAUAAUUGAGGUA